CCCCUUCACCAACAGGCACACCUCAGAAGCUCGAGCGACGUUCGCCUUGUGGGCGCCUCCCAAGAUCGCGUCACCUUCGCUUUUCUCCGCUUCUGCUGCAUUUGUCUUGGAGUGAAAGCAAGGGCCAGGGCCGAAUCCCCUUGCUGCCUUAGAGGCGUUCACCAAUGCCGGUUUCUCCUCGGCAGAUUCCACGAGCAUCUCCCUCUGCACUCCGUUGUAGCGGAUUUGCUCGAGCGACUGCAGCAUCUCAAGCAAGCGGGUGAUGUCCUUCGGUGGAUUGCAG